CUAUGGCUAUAUCUAUGGGACAUGCUCGGUGAGCAAAACAAUAAACAAAAGUAAUCAGAAGAUAUCUUUGUAACAUCUUUGAAUUUCGCUAAAGGAAAAGAGAGAGAUUUGGUAAAAAUGCAGUCGAUGAAAGAAACAGCUUCGAAUAUUGCAGCUUCUGCAAAAUCUGGCAUGGACAAAACCAAAGCUACCUUGGAGGAAAAGGCGGAGAAGAUGAAGACACGAGACCCUGUUCAGAAACAGAUGGCUACACAGGUUAAAGAAGAUAAGAUCAAUCAAGCUGAGAUGCAGAAGAGAGAAACGCGUCAGCACAACGCGGCCAUGAAAGAAGCGGCUGGAGCCGGAACCGGUUUAGGUUUGGGGACGGCCACUCACUCGACCACUGGACAAGUCGGACACGGCACUGGGACACAUCAGAUGUCGGCUCUGCCUGGUCACGGAACGGGACAACUGACCGACCGCGUUGUGGAGGGCACGGCUGUGACCGACCCGAUUGGAAGGAACACUGGAACUGGUCGGACAACCGCUCAUAACACUCACGUUGGUGGUGGUGGUGCCACCGGGUACGGAACCGGCGGGGGAUAUACUGGAUAAACGGUGUUGUUCACUUGUUCUGUUAUUUGCUCUGUUUUUGUUGAAUCGAAAUUUCGUGGUUUUCUGUCUUACUUUCGUGUUCUGUUUUUUUUUUUUCUUUUUCUUGUGCUUCUGAAUAAUUGUAGGACUUCGAUCUCAUCUAGGUUUUUGUUGUUGGAUGAUAGUCUUACUUUAUGAGUAGAAUGUUCAUGCAAUGUAACAGUAGUAAAAUUAUCCGUUAACAAUAUUGUGCCCAUGCAACUUAACAAUAACAAUACAUUGCUAACUUUUUGAACUUUGAAGAGAAACAUUGCUAAUGCUAAGUUUUUG